GCAAAAACCUAAUGCCAGUUCUUUAUCGAUCGGCUUCCCCUCUCUUAUCCACAACCAGAUAAUAAUCCCCUAGACAUUUUAAUUCAUUUUAAUUUCAUCAUCCAAGAAAAAUAUCUAACAUUCAAAACCACACUCCACUGCUUCGUAAACCCCGUAACUUCUUCAACCUCAACCCUAACCCUAAUGGAAGUCUGUCAUAUACACGGUAAAUGCAUUUUAUCUCCAAUUCGUUCCUCGUCUUCUUCUUCUUCUUCACAUCGUCCUCUCUCGGUUCUCUCUAGAGUUUCAAUCUCGGCUCGGAGUAACCCUCGGCUCGUGUCUUCCUUUCGCUCGGUUCGCCGAAGAAAUUUGUGCUCGGCCUGCAGAUUCGAUACCUUGGUAGCUGGGAAAGAUGAGAAGCCAAAGCAUGGGGAAGUUGUGAGCAAGAAAGAGGAGGAGUUUGGGGACUUGAAGUCUUGGAUGCACAAGAAUGGGCUCCCUCCUUGCAAGGUUGUGCUCAAGGAGAGGCCUUCGCACAAUGAGAAGCAUAGGCCUAUCCAUUACGUCGCUGCGAGCGAAGAUCUUCAGGUGGGUGAUGUUGCAUUCUCUGUUCCGAGUUCCCUGGUCGUGACGCUUGAGAGAGUUUUGGGGAACGAGACCGUUGCGGAAUUAUUAACUACGAACAAAUUGUCGGAAUUGGCAUGCUUGGCAUUGUAUCUUAUGUACGAGAAGAAGCAAGGAAAGAAGUCUUUCUGGUUCCCAUACAUUAGAGAGCUGGAUCGUCAGCGAGGGAGGGGACAGCUUGCAGUGGUCCCCCUUCUAUGGUCAGAAGCAGAGCUGGCUUACCUGACAGGCAGCCCACAAGAGGAUGAGGUUCUUGAAAGGGCUGAAGGAAUUAAAAGGGAGUACAAUGAACUUGACACUGUCUGGUUUAUGGCCGGGUCUCUGUUUCAGCAAUACCCAUAUGAUAUUCCUACUGAGGCCUUUACAUUUGAGAUAUUCAAACAAGCAUUUGUGGCGGUUCAGUCUUGUGUGGUACAUUUACAAAAAGUUAGUUUGGCACGGAGAUUUGCUUUGGUUCCUCUUGGACCCCCGUUGCUGGGUUACAGAAGCAAUUGCAAGGCAAUGUUAACUGCUGUUGAUGGUGCUGUUGAACUCGUGGUUGACAGACCGUACAAGGCUGGAGAAUCCAUUGUUGUUUGGUGUGGACCACAGCCAAACUCAAAAUUGCUUUUGAACUAUGGUUUCGUUGAUGAAGAUAAUCGCUAUGAUCGUUUGGUAAUUGAGGCUGCUUUAAAUACCGAGGAUCCCCAAUACCAGGCUAAAAGAAUGGUUGCACAAAGAAAUGGAAAACUAUCCGUUCAAGUUUUUCAUGUGUAUGUGGGGAAGGAAAAAGAAGCGGUUUCGGAUAUGCUACCUUACCUGCGUUUGGGAUAUGUUUCAGAUCCUUCUGAGAUGCAAUCUGUUAUUUCUUCUCAAGGACCUAUUUGUCCAGUGAGCCCUUGUAUGGAACGCGCAGUAUUGGACCAACUUGUUGAUUAUUUUAUCACACGGCUUGCUGCCUACCCUACUUCGCUGGACGAAGAUGAGUUUUUGUUGGCGGACAGUAAUCUGAACCCAAAGAAGCGAGUUGCUACUCAGCUUGUUAAGUUGGAAAAGAAAAUGCUUAAUGCAUGCCGGCAGGCAGCAGUUGAUUUGAUAGACCAGUUACCAGAUCACACUGUAUCGCCAUGCCCAGCUCCUUAUGCCCCUCUAUUGAAAUAAAAGAAACCCAAUCUCCUUUGUAUUGUUGGAAAAUUUUGGAACUUUUUGCUUGGAUAUAUCAGUUCGAAUGGAAGAACACAAUCCAGGUACAUCUAUGAAGCUGCACAAUUUGGUGCAGUCAUCGAAUGCAAUAUAAUUAAUCACUGGCUCUAGCAGCCGUUAAAGAGAGAAUCAUGCAUUUCAAGAGAGUCCAAGCUCUGAACUCCAUGUUUUAUUAGUUCCCUGGCGUAUUUCGCCCCAUUCCCUUAACCUUCUCAUUGCUCUCCUACUUUCGUCAAAAGGUGCAAGUGUAUCCUUAAAUGACCAUGUAAUCACCACCACUUUGUGAAUGAGUAUUAGAAAAAGGAUAUAUCCAUGCAAGUUUGCAAAUAUUUUUGGAUACUAUUGUUCUUUGUAAAUGCAGUUAUGAAUAAUCAAAUAAAUAAUCAUUCGAGCGCU